AUGAGUCGGGAGACCAUGCCCCAGCCGGGAGCCUGGCUGGGCGCGGGCCGUGCGGAGAAGCUGGCACGGGAGGCGGGCGCCCUGUCCCCGGGCCCCGGCAGAGCCGCCGCGCGGGGCGGCGGGAAGGCGGCGGCCGGCGGGCAGCCGCGGGCCGCGGUGCGGUGCCCGGCCGAGCACGAGGAGGACAUAUAUCGUGCUGCGGAUGAAAUAGAAAAGGAGAAAGAGUUACUUAUACAUGAAAGAGGGUUAUCAGAACCUAAAUUAAGUGUAGCUCCUGAAAUGGAUAUCAUGGACUACUGCAAAAAAGAAUGGAGGGGAAAUACUCAAAAAGCUACAUGUAUGAAAAAGGGCUACGAAGAGGUAUCUCAGAAAUUCACCUCCAUAAGGCGAGUCCGCGGAGAUAACUACUGUGCGCUGCGCGCCACGUUGUUCCAGGCCAUGAGCCAGCCGGCGGGGCUGCCCUCCUGGCUGCAGGACCCGGAGCUCACGCUGUUACCAGAAAAACUCAUAAGCAAAUACAGCUGGAUCAAGCAGUGGAAACUUGGAUUGAAAUUUGAGGGGAAGAGCGAGGACCUGGUUGAUAAAAUUAAGGAGUCCCUCACUUUACUAAGGAAGAAGUGGGCAGGCUUGGCUGAACUGAGAACUACUGAAGCAAGACAGAUAGCUUGUGAUGAACUGUUCACAAAUGAAGAGGAAGAAUAUAGCCUUUAUGAAGCUGUAAAAUUUUUAAUGUUACACAGAGCCAUUGAACUAUAUGAUGAUAAAGAGAAGGGCGAGGACGUACCAUUUUUCUCUGUGCUUCUGUUUGCUCGGGACACAUCCAGUGAUCCUGAACAGCUACUGAGGAACCAUCUAAAUCAGGUGGGACACACUGGUGGCCUUGAACAGAUUGAAAUGUUCCUUCUGGCCUAUGCGGUACGCCACACCAUCCAGGUGUACCGGCUCUCCAAAUACAGCACUGAGGAGUUCAUCACGGUCUAUCCCACAGACCCACCCAGGGACUGGCCGGUGGUGACCCUGAUCGCUGAGGACGACCGGCACUACAACAUCCCCGUCAGAGUGUGUGAGGAGACGAGCUUGUGA